AUGGAACCAUCCUUACCGGAGAGGAUUUUUGCAGCCGGCGAAGAACCAAUCGGCGAGAGGAUAAACUGCUAUCACAAAUCUAAGGCCAUCAACAACAUUCUGAGCGCCUUGGACGAAGAGGAGAGAGAUUUCCUAAAAAAAUCGCCAUUUGGGAAACUUAUUGCGACGGCGGAGAAGCCUGCACUUUCCGGCAGUUUCAGACAUUUUAUCAUCACGCGGCUACUAAAGGUUAGCAAAAAAUACGAAAUAUGGAUUCUGUUCGCCGGGAAACCGGUUAGGGUUUCUCUCAGGGAAUUUGCGAUAAUCACCGGUUUGCCGUGCGGAAAAUAUCCGAGGAAGCAGAAGAAGAAAAAGAGAAAUCCCGUCUUGGUAAAACCCUAUUGGCCCGAUUUGUUUGGAAAUCUAAAAGCAUGUAGCAUCGACCUGGCAGUCAAGAUGUUGAAAAAAAGGACCGUCGUCGACCACGAAAUCAGGCUGAAAUACGCCUGCCUCGCUAUCACCGGAGCAGUCUUAUGCCCCACAAACCAUAGGUCCAAAAUCGUAUUUGAGCACGUGGAGCUGAUCAGAAGUCUCGACGAGUUUUUCGCGCACCCGUGGGGCCGUGUGGGGUUCGAGAUGUUGAUGUCCAGCAUCAAGUCUAAAGACGAGGUUGCACUCGCUCAGAGUACGGUAGCCGUUAAAGGUUUUUUUCACGCGAUACAGCUUGUGCUAGUGGAGGCAUGUCCAUCGUUAACGGAGGUUGUUCAGCUGAACGAGUCGUCGUCUGAAUCUGAAACCGAGGGGGAAGACGAAGAUGGUGAGUCAGAGGACGCCGGAGCUGCUAUCUUGCAGGAGAACACCAACACCGAUGGUAUUUUGGAUGGUGAGAGUGACAGAAAUGCUCCCAAACCAGCGACACGGACGACGUCGGCGACGGUUGGACUUAGCCCAAUUCACGCGAGGGACAUCGACGAAGAAUGCAAGGUCGACAUUUUUAGCAUUAUCCCCGACGAUACAGAUGCUGGUACGGAGGGAAAAGACUUCAGCUGGUCCGACGAUGAAGACGAUCCCAGGGUUGAACAUAUGUUACACCUGAUUGGGGAGGACUUCGAAUUCCGCAAACACAUGUUUAAGGGUGGGUUGACCCAGGCCGAGUUGGCCAAGAUGCGACUGGAGAGGAAAGAAAUCAGGGAGCGAAAGGAGAGGGAGAAGGAGAGGGCCCAGGAAAAUGUAACAACAACCGGCGGCCAAGCUGCAUACGCUGCAGUACCUGAUAAUAUUGCCCAAUUAUUGUCGGCGUCGGUGAAGGCAGAAAUGAGACCUUUUGAGCUUAAGAUGUCAACCGCUAUUGACCAAAUAGCGACACUCGAAGCAAGUCUGUCCACUCUUGGAACGUCGGUGACGGCGGCUAUAGAACAAAAGUUCACCACAAUGCAGGAGGAAGUUAUCAAGAAUAUUCUUGAAUUUUUGGGGAGAUCCAUUUCCGGAUUUAACAGGCAUGAUUCACCGAGAGAGAGAUCCAUGGCACGUGAGUAUGAGAACAGGGCUGACGAUGGGCUUCAGGCAGGCGCUAGAAGUGGUACGAACCAGGCACAGGACAAGGCUUUGGCUGAUGCAGUUAUUAACGCGGCCGUUGCGAUGGCUUCCAACAUCAACGCCGAUGUACCCAACGAUGUUCAACAGCAGAGGGGCGAAGGAAUGGCCGACUUUACUUCAGAGGUCGGCGAAACUAAUGACAUUCGGACGGAGGGACAAGACGAUGGUGGUCUAGGCGAGGGAGAUGGCGGCGAUCAUGCUCUGGAUAAUGGAGAUGAAGGGGAAUUCCCUCGGCGUGGCAAGAGGGCCCGGGUGCAGACAUCGUUUAACGAUUUCCAUGUAGACCCCAAGUGGGUAUCAUGCACCCUGGGUAGCCACCCCUUCAUAUGCCACCCAGACGAACAGUCUGCGUAUUUUACAAAGCUCAUCAGCCUUGGCAGCGGAAUCUCUAUUAACAACAAGGAAGUACUUGAGAUUGCUGAUAGGACAAAGCCUAUGAUGCCCAAGAUGAUGGACGCCCUCCUCUUAUACGCCCACACAGUAUAUGUUCGACAUUGUUCCGAGCCUCAGUUGAACAAGGUUGCCUUUCUUGAAACCAAAUUUACGACUGCCUUAAUGAAGUCAUGGACAAAAUUUUCCCGGGUGGCUGUGAAAGACCGACAUAGGUUCAAGUUUGGGGAUUGUGUAAUGGAUCAUCUUGAGUUCGACAGUGUAGAUCUCCCUCCACCUGAGCGCCUGUACCUGCCUUUCAAUUUUGACAGGGACCAUUGGGUUGGCAUUGCUGUUGACACCAUUGCGGGAACUAUGACCGUAAUUGAUUGCAACUGCUCACUGAGGACGGAUGGCGCAAUAAAGAAGGAGUUGGCCCCGUUGUCUCUUAUGUUACCACAUGUAAUUAGACAGAGUUCGGCUAACAAACGAGUUAUCGAAGCUAAACCGUUUUCUAUCCAUCGACCAAAGGGCAUACCCCAGAACUCCAUCAUGUCUGACUCUGGUGUAACAACAGUUCUCCUCUUAAUGUUCCACUCCGUGGGAGGGAUUGAUCGUUGCAAGACGCUUACACCCGAGGAGAUGGCCAAGGAGUCUCAGGUGUUGGCUGUCAAGUUUUUUGAGGAGUUUGACGUCCCCUCCUAA